GCCUCUGUGGGCCGGGGACGCUUCCGCCCAAGGCGAUGGCCGGGGUGCGGGCGGCGGCGCGGGCGGCGGGGCUGGUGCUGCUCUACUACGGCUUCUCCAUCGGCAUCACCUUCUACAACAAGUGGCUCAUGAAGAGCUUCGCCUUCCCGCUGUUCAUGACGCUGCUGCACCUGCUGGUCAUCUUCGCGCUCUCGGGGCUGGCCAGGCGCUGCUCCCGCCGCCGCCACGCCGCCCCCGCCGCCGGCCGCGCCCUCCUGCCCUGGCCCGCCUACCUGCGCCAGGUGGCCCCGACAGCGCUCUCCACCGCCCUGGACGUGGGGCUGAGCAACUGGAGCUUCCUCUACAUCACGGUCUCCCUCUACACCAUGACCAAGUCCUCGGCUGUCCUCUUCAUCCUCCUUUUCUCGCUGAUCUUCAAGCUGGAGGAGCCGAGAGCCGCCCUGGUGCUGGUGGUCCUGCUCAUCGCGGGGGGGCUCUUCCUGUUCACCUACAAGGCCACCCAGUUUGAUGCCGAAGGCUUCGCCUGGUGCUGGCCGCUUCCUUCCUGGGCGGCGUGCGCUGGACACGGACCCAGAUCCUCCUGCAAAAGGACGAGCUGGGACUCCAGAACCCCAUUGACACCAUGUUCCACCUGCAGCCGGCCAUGUUUGAGCCUCUUCCCCCUCUUUGCAGUGUUUGAAGGUCUGCCCUUGUCUGCGUCGGAGAAGCUGUUCCGUUUCCACGAGGGGCAGCUGCUGCUGGAGCUGCUAGGGAAGCUGGUGUUGGGCGGGGUGCUGGCCUUCGGGCUGGGCUUCUCCGAGUUUCUCUUGGUCUCCAGGACCUCCAGCCUCACCUUCUCCAUUUCGGGGAUCUUCAAGGAAGUCUUCACCCUCUUCCUGGCCGCUCACCUGAUGGGAGACCAGCUCUCUCCCCUGAACUGGCUCGGCUUUGCCGUUUGCCUGCUGGGCAUCUCUCUGCACGUGGCCCUGAAGGCCCUCGGGGGGCCAAAGGGCACAAAGCACCUUGAGGGGCCUGGCUCCGCUGCAGACCUGGAGCUUUUGCUGCUGCUGGAUUCCCCGGAGGAGGAAGCCGAGAAUGCCCCCCUGCACUGAGCCACCCCUUGGGUGCUGCUGGGGGUGGGGAUGGAUUGCUGGCUGGAGCAAAGAGGUUGGGGAAGGGAGAGGCUGGGCAGCAGAACUGCUUCUGGCCCUCCCCCACCCUGGGCUGAGAGGGCACACGGGGGGGGGGGCUCAUGCCCCAGACUGGCUGGGCCAGAAGACGAGGGUCAGGGCCUGUGGAGCCAGCAUGCCAUGCUACCUGGCCCCUCAGCCUUGCAGAUGGCAAGGGUGGCUACUUGGAAGUGGAGUUGGGCACUUGCCAGGAAAACCUGUGGCAGAGAUGUUUCGAUGGGUCAGAAGUGCCCCGCAAGACAGCGGCCUCCCUUUCCCUCCGGUACCCCCCUGGGGGGAGACAUUGCUGUGCCUCAGGCCAGAAGGGCACCUGUGCCAAGAUGCUCCUGAGCAUUCAGGAGGUGGAGGAAGAGGAGGACGACGACUCUGGAAAUGCUGGCCAGCCUGGAAAGGGGGAGCCAGGGGGCUGAACCUGGGAGCAGGAAAGAGCCCCCCUGGUAUGACAGCCAGAUGCCCAUCGGGGUGUGCUAGAUGAAAGUGCACACCUGGGUAGUAAGGACCCAAGGCAGAGGGAGGCGGGGCCUCGAUGGUCACCCCCGCUGCAGCGAUCACUGGGGUCAAAAGAACGCAAGAGCCCCAAGCAGACCAAGGGGGCAGCCUGUAAAGAACAGAGGGCUCUUGGCAGAACACGACUCGCCAAUAAAUUGGCAUCCAAAUCCGUUCCACCAAAAAGGAGUGUGUAUCUAACGAAUGUCUAUGGGGAGCGGAAACUGAUGUGCCCCACGAUGGGUAUGUGUGUGUGGGGGGGGGGGGCGUUGCUGGAGUUUCCUGUGGCCGAACGAGCAGCAGGUGGAAAAUCCCAUUCAGUUAAACAGCAGCUAUCUGCUUCAUUGCCCACCAAAAUGGAAACCGGGUUUCUCCUUCCCAAAGGAACCAGGUUGGCCGCGCUGUCCUCUUGGGGACACUGAAUGGCAGAGGAGCAAGUGAGGGGAUGGGAAAAUUGGUUGCUCUCUUGGGUGCUUCUGAGGCUGUGCAUGGUCAUUUCAGGUGCCCAGUUUGCCUCAGUGAAACCCCACCAGAUGUUGCCAUCUGCUGCUGUGGGGUGAGACUGGUCUGAGCAUUCUGCGGGGGCCCGGGCAGCGUGGAUCAAGCCCAGGGGCAGAACUGCCUAAGACGGAUGCAACCUCCAGCACCUCCAUUUUUUGGGGGGCGAAGGGAGUUUUCUAAUUCCUACCUCCUCCCUUGCGGUUCAUACACAGCAAUUCUGCUCAGGACCGCAGGCAAACUGCUAUUGAUAGACAAAUAUCAAAUUGAUAUUUAAGUUAAAUAUUUAAAUUGAUAAAUGAUAUUUGGGUAAUAGUUCAUAAAGCUACGCAUCAAGGAUGCUCAUCACUUCUGUGACGCCAAGCAGCUGUGGCUGUUUUGCACCCAUCUGGGUUUAUAAAGAUAACUUUGCAAAGUUGUCGUAGCUGCCGUUGUAGGUAUCUUGACAACCCAACAACUGGUUUAGUUCUGCCCAAGUGGGAUGUUAAGCCUGGAAGGCUGCAUCCUUCUCGCAUUGGAACUUCCCAGGAUGAGUAUUUGGAGGGGGUGCACAUUGAGCCCCCCUUCAUGGUCAUGGGACAGCUGCUGGCAUAUCCUAUCAUGGUCCACCGUGGGGAGGGAUGGAAAAGAGGCUGGGGCACACAGGUCCAGCACAUCAGCUUCUCCUGGGACACACCCCCUUCCUCCAGUGAGGCGGGGGUUUUGGGGUGCUCCUCACAAGAGGGAGCUUCCUGGGGCUGUCAGGGCGGCUCCUGCAAUGUUCCAGUCUUUGCUUCAUCCCUCUUUCCUGAGAGGCACCCCUUGUACACACCUGUCUGGAGGAGGGGUGUUAUAUGAGUACAAAGACAUGCAUGGAAGACACACCAACAAACACCCCCAUAGCCGUGUAAGGAGUCAGGGCUCUCCUCCCCCUUGCUUUGCCCAGAGAUCACAGGGCAUUGCAAAAGAGGGAGAGGAGAGAAUGCCCAGUCUUUGCGUGUGGGCAUGAAUAUUUUCAACCAUAUUUUCACUGGUUCAUUUCUCCCAAAGCUGUUGGACUUCCAAAUUCUAUCUCGCUAUUGACUUGACCAGUUCUCACUUUAUAGGGACCCUGCCACUGGGCCUGUGGUCUGCGCUGAUCCAGGUAUCAGUGACGGGGUCUCCCACUUUAAGUCUCUUGGCCUUCAACCCUUGAUCAUAGGGGACUGUUUGGCUUUCUCUGGUGCUUGCUAAGUGUUCCUGGGUAAUGUCUCCUUGGGCCUUUAACUUACUCUUUCGUGUCAGGAUGUACUCAAUUUGAUUGUUUGGGCCUUCUAAGUUUCCACACCAACCUCCUUUAAUGAUGUUGCCACAGGAGUUGCCACAAAGAGGAGGGAGUCAAACUAUUCUCCAAAGCACCUGUGAGUAGAACAAGAAGCAAUGGGUGGAAACUAAUCAAGGAGAGAUGCAACUUAGAACUAAGGAGAAAUUUCCUGACAGUUAGAACAAUUAAUAAGUGGAACAACUUGCCUGCAGAAGUUGUGAAUGCUCCAACACUGGAAAUUUUUAAGAAAAUGUUGGAUAGCCAUUUGUCUGAAAUGGUGUAGGGUCUCCUGCCUGGGCAGGGGGUUGGACUAGAAAGCCUCCAAGGUCCCUUCCAACUCUGUUAUUAUGAUGUCUAAAACACCAUAAGGUUGUCUUCCAUAUAAUCAUUUAAGUGGGCCCAAUCCUUGCAUGCCUGGAGAACUUUCCCCUAUGCAAACAGUAGGACAGGCAGCCAUAUAUCCCAGUGUUUUGGGUCCUGCCCUGCAUAUUUCCUGAGCGUACUCUUUGGGGCUUGGUUCCUUCGUUUUGUAAAGCCAUUGUAUGCUACUUUGCAUUGUAAGGAAGAUUCCAAAGAUUGUUCUGUCCCCCCUUUGCCUCCGUCCGAGUGAUGGCUUAAUUAGCUGGCACUAUCAGCUCUGGCAGCAGAAUAGCGAGCGUCUGCCAAGUGUCUCUGUUAUCUCCCUUGAUGCCGAUGAGUCACCCAGGAACAAACUUCAGCUCUUAGUUAAUCAGUUGAUUUGCCUGCUACAAAGAGGCACAGCAGUUCUUGCUGCCUUUAUAUCCUGUGGGGUGUGGCUCCAUGACUCCGCACUUUCUAGGCCUGCCCCACCCUUGCUUCUGUUGUUCCCGCCUGUCCUGCCUACGAAACCUAGGGUUCAACCAAGCCUGAUAGCCAUCAGCUGGGUCUGAAGGCAUGGGGGGGGGGAAGAAUCAGGGGACUGAGGCCUCAUUAUCUCUUCUACCUGGCCUGCCUCUGGCUCCUGGAGCUGAGCCAGGGAACCCGGUGCUCCCGAGGUAAGUCCUGACGGCCCUUCCCCCUUACUUUCCAAGUCACUUUCUGGCAGGAGGCCCGGCUCGGGGUGGCGCAGACACAACAAAGAUGCUUUUUUCUAAAGGCAACUCAACUUUUUCCUUGAUGUUUUGCUUCUCAUCCAAGAAGCUGCUUCAGUUCUGAAAAUUGUGGGGAAUGGAAGGAUUUAUAUUCCUUGCAGUUAUCUGGUCAUUAGCACUCUCUCUGAAAGCCACUGAGGCCACUUGGAGGUUAUCUGUGCCCUCCAGAUCACCUGAGUACUGCAAAUGGGUGUGGAGCCUUCUUGGAAUUCCUGAAAGGAUUGUUGUAAACGGGAGAUGGAUAGUGCCGUCCCCCGUCCCCUUCUGUUGAGAGAGGGCUGUCUGGACAGUCACUUGUCUGAAGUGGUAUAGGAUCUCCUGCUUCAGCAGAGGGCUGGACUAGAAGACCCCCAAGGUCUCUUCCAACUCGAUUCUGACUCCUGUGCAACAUGUUUAGUGGUCAUGGGGCCUUUUCUUCCCCUUGUGACGCACAGGGAAGGCUUUGGGCCUCUCUGCAGAUCCCCAGCUAAUAGGGUUCUGCAAAUAGUCCUGUCCCUCACAUCCCACUUGCGUGUGGCCCAUGGGCUUUCAUGGUUUUGUGAGGAAGUGCAACUUCUUUGGAUAGGGAUGAAGCCUGACACGGUGCAGCAGCCCCUCUUUCCCUGGCGUUGUGUCCUUGUUCCCCUUCCCCCCCCCCCCCCGGGACUAACCCUCGGUGUUUUAAUGUGGGCUCUUUCUUUUGCAAGGGCCCCAGGGACACCUUCCCUUCCGGUGUCUCUGUCCCUCUGGGGCCAGCCUGGCUUUGUCAGCCUUUCUUAAAGCUUUCUCCUUCCUAGGACUCUUCGCUUCUCCUCUUGAAUCAGGAAUGGCUAAGAAGAAUCCCGGGCUCCUUGUCUUGCUGCUUCUCCUUCUCUUUGCCUCAGGUGGGGCCCCGUGUAGUUCCUCCCCCUCUCUACUCUUUUUUCUCUGAGUCCAUUGUCUACACCCAUUAGUAGAUUACGUGGCGAGCAAGGGAUCACUCCCACCGCAGUUACCUCUUCCUUUCCCUGUGCCUCUGCAUUGGCUUUCAGCAGGGUGGCCUCCUCCAUCCGAGGGGCUCUUUCCCCCUCAAUCCUGCCCUUUUGGCUAAAGGAGGGACGUGCCAAUGUCCAUCUGCUCCCAGCAUCUAUUGAGCCUCUCCCGGGGACCCCAUUAACUUUUGCUGGGGUCAUAAUUUUUUUUCCUGGAGACGCCAUUCCCUUUUUCUUCUGGUUUUCACAGUGCUUGGACAAAUGGGCGUGUUUGCCCCUCUGCCCCCUCCCCCGUUGUCCUCCUUCGAUUUGGCUGGGAGCUCAAAGUUUCUUUUUUGUUUUGCCUUCCUCUCUGGCAGCCCCUCAGAGCACUUCCUCCCAACUUCUCUUCUGAAGUCUUCCGACAUCCUCAGUUAGCUCGCCUGCCCUCUGACUUGACUGGGUUGUGUCCCUGCACCCAAACCCUCAAUUUCGCAGGGAGAAACCUUCCAGAAACCACCCCAGACUUGCCACCUUUCCUUGCUUUUUCUUUUUCUUCUCUUUUUUUUAAUUGAAAAAGUUUUAACAAGCAAAAACAUUUUU